AUGGUUCAUAAAUUUCAAUCUGACCCCAAUGUGAAUAAUAGAGUGCAACAAAAAAUCAACCAAUCAAACCUAUACGAUAAGGAGCAAAGUUUUGAUGAUAGUUGUAGAAGGCGUCUUUCUCCACUAACAACAAAAGUUCCAAAUAACACUCCUACUCCAUCUAUUCUACCAAAAAGUUCUUUAUAUAAAAAUCAUAUUAAUGUUAUAACACAAAAUAAUAUUAUAGUAGAAAAUAAACAUCCACAAAAGAAUAAAUUUCUUUUACCACCUUUAAAUAUGGGAAACUUACAAAAUAAAACUAUAUCAAAUACAUUUGUACCACCACCAUCUGGAAACAAUAUUACUGAAUCAGACUUUUACAAUAGUGAAACAAUUAACAUGAAUUCUUCAAAACAUUCUCCAAUUAUUAGUAAAAAUGAAAAUAAAAAAGAUAAUUUACUAUUACUCUUACUCUCCUCCUCCUCCUCAUCUUCUUUACUUAAAAAUCACUUAAGAGUGUCACCAUUCUCUCUUUCCGUAGCUGAUUUAACAACACAAGUUUCCUAUACCCACAUUUUGUCAUCUUCCUGUUCUCCUUCCUCUUCUUCCUCUUCGUCCUCUUCCUGUUCUUCAUUUUCCUCUACUUCAUCAACCGCCGUUCUUCAACCUUCCUCUACUAAAAAAAUGAAUUUUCAAAAAUAUAGCGACAGCGGUAAAUUUCCAAGUUAUGAUAUUAAUAGCAGUAACUUUAAUAACUCCUGUUCUGAAUCAUGUAAUCAAACAUAUAAUUUCUCCUCUUCUUCUUCCUCUUCGUCGAAGGAAUCUUUAUCCUCACUAUAUACCAAUAAUAACAAUAACAAUAAUAACAAUAAUAACAAUAAUAACAACAACAUCAAUAAUAAUAGCGAUAGUUGUAAUUGUAGUUGUAGCCAUACUAAUAGUAAUAAUAGUGCUGAAGAUCAUAUACAUACUAUUUUAUUAAAUCCUAGACAAUUACAUUUGAGAAAAGAUCAAGAGUCAAUGACAGAGUCUAACUUAUUUCAAGUUAAUCAACCGGCAAAGAGUUUUGAAAAUACUAAUAAUAAUUAUACAAACGAUAACAACUAUCACAAUAAUAAUAACUAUAACAACACCAGCAAUAACAUUUUAAGUACUUUAAGUACAGUUGCAUCUAAUAUAAAUAACACUAAUAAUUCUAAUAAUAAUAUAUAUUUCAAAGAUAAGGAAAUGAUAGAAAUUGACUAUAAUAAUAGAAAUGGCCAUAACAAUUCUACAAACAACAAUUCAAUAAGGCUAGAAGAAUACGGACUCAACACUAUAUCUACAGCAUCUUUAGCGACAUCACCAAUCCCUAUAUCAACACCAUUUUUUGAGUUUUCUACAGAUUCAAGAAAUACCAAUUCAGUUAAUAAAAAUAAAAAGGACCUUGAUAUAAUACCGAAAAUAACAACAACACAAACAACGACAAACAAUAGAUACUCUAAAUUUAAUGAAACAAAGACCUUCCCGCUGUUGGAUACAUUGCCAUCUCAAAAAAAUUAUGAAAAUGAUACAUUAUUAGAUACUGCUGCUGUUGUACUUUCCACUUUAAGAUCAUCACCAUUUAAAAUCUCUGAUAGAGGCUCUUCAUCCUAUACUACACCCUUUAGAUAUACACUAAAUCCUGCUCAAAAUUCAAAUCCAACUUCCUCUUCAAGUACUAAUAAUAAUAUUAUUAAUAAUAAUUCAUUAAAUUCAACAGUAUACCCAAAUAACAAUUUACUAGUGAACGGUAGUGACAGUCGACCUCAUUCUUCGUCAUUUUCUUCAUCUUUGAAAAAUUAUAGACCAAUAUUAAGGAUUCACCAUAAAGAAAAUUCAUAUGUCAGAACUGAUGAUCAAAAUAAAAAUAAUGAAAAUGAUCACGUCGAUAUAGAUGAUAACCAGAGCAACACUAAACUUAAAACGCCAAUAAUUAAAGUUACUGAAGAAAAGAAAAGCGAGAAAAUAGAUAUUCAAAAUGAUCAAAAAUCAAUUAACUUACAAAAUAAGUCAAUUGCCACAAUACCUCAAGAAGAAAGAAAUGUUACAUGGAAUAAAAAUGGGAAAAGAAUUAAAAAUGAGCACAAUAACAACAACAACAACAAUAAUAACAUACAAUCCAAAGAGAAUAAUAAUUCUCAAACAAGUAAAAAACCAACGGUUAUCAAGAAAAGAAGAGGACGUAUAAAAGAACUACAAUAUAAAAACACUACAAUAACUGAUGCUACUAUACCAAAAGGAAAAGCUAAAUUAUCUAAUGUGACAAAUCAUAAGGAUAAGAGUAUAAACAAUAGUAAGGUUAUUUCAAAUACCAGUAAACUAAAAUUAACAGAAAAGAAGAAACGUUCUUCUACACCUUUUUCUGCCACCAACGCUACCACUGAUAAACACCCUACUACUGGUACAAGAUCAAGAACAGGUUGUUGGAUAUGUAGAUUAAGAAAAAAGAAAUGUUCGGAAGAAAAGCCUAAAUGUUUUAACUGUGAAAGAUUAAACCUGGACUGUGUUUAUAGUCUCGUGAGACCUGAUUUUGUCACUGAUGAAAACUUAAGAAGGGCUAAACUACAAGAAAUUAAAAUCUGUACUCGUGAAGCUAAAAGACAAUCUAUGAAAAGACGUAGUGGAAGUGGCAGUUAUCCUGAUAGUUCUCAUAUUAACACUACUGGAACGAAAAGAAAAACAAGAAGAUUAGCCAACAAUGAGCAAAAUACAAGUAAAAAGUUAUAUACACGAUUUAAUGAAACAAAUAAUAAUAAUAAUAAUAAUAUAAAAGACGCUGCCAUUUCCACAGAAUCUAAUGACAUUUAA